AUGCAGUCCUCCCAGGCCGCCGUCAUCACCCGAUCAUUGGGCCAUGCUGAGUUCGUCACCAACCAGCCCAUUCCAGCCCUCCGAGACGAUGACAUUCUCAUUCGCACCGCCGCCGUGGCCCUGAAUCCGAUCGACUGGAUGCUUCUGGAGAGUACCCCGUCCCCCAACGCAGUCAUGGGACACGAUUACGCCGGAACAGUUAUCGCAGUUGGAGAGUCUGUCCGGGAGAUGUUCAAGGUUGGUGACCGCGUGUGUGGACUCGUCAAGGGUGCAGACAAUAUCCGGGCCGAGAGCGGCACCUUUGCAGAAUAUAUUGUGGCAAAAGCAGCGAUUCAAAUCAAGAUCCCAGACGGCGUCACUUGUGAGGAUGCAGCCACUGUGGGAGUGGGAGCGACUACUGCUGGGCAGUGUCUGUUUGGACCGUCUUGUCUCAAACUGCAAUGGCCGGAGAAUCUAAGUCAGGACAAGAGUCGGGAAUCGAUUCUAGUAUAUGGAGGAAGCACAGCCUCGGGAAGCUGGAUUAUUCAGUUUGCGAAAUUGGCUGGAUACACCGUUCUCACGACAUGCUCGCCGAAAAACUUUGACCUGGUCCGCCAGUACGGAGCAGAUGUGGUUUUCGAUUAUCGCGAUCCUAGGUGUGCUCAAAAGAUCCGCGAGCACACCAAUAACACUCUCAGGGUCGUCUGUGACACCGUGGCGACUCAGGACUCAGUGCGGAUUUGCGAAGAGGCAAUUGGUGCCCAAGGAGGCCUGUAUCAUUCCUUGCUCCCAGCGCAAACGGGGCGUCCGGACGUGAAGGCAACUUUUAUGAAUUGCUGUACCUCAAUUGGUGAACCAUUCGAGUAUGGCCCAGAUCGCAUGGAAAUCCCCAGCAUGCCGUCAGAGUUCGAGUUCGCCCAGAAAUGGGCUGGGAUCGUGAGCAGGCUGUGGUCUCAUGGAAAGCUUAGAACACUACUCGUUGAGAAGCGUGACGGGGGAUUGAGGAAGGUUCUGGAUGGCUUGAAAGAUUUGAAGAAUGGUUCUGUUAGUGCGCGAAAGCUAGUGUACCUUGUUUCUGAUAUUUAG